GUCUGAGAGUAACUGUGUUACUAACGUCAUCCCUCAUGGUGUUGGGAGCUGGCCUGAGAUGUGUUCCAGUUUCAGACCUAGAAAUUAGGAAGAAGCUGAUUCACGGAGGGCAGCUGUUAAAUGGCUUGGCGGGGCCAACUGUGAUGAAUGCGGCACCAUUUCUUUCCACGACGUGGUUUUCUCCAGACGAACGUGCCACAGCAACGGCCAUCGCGUCGCUGCUCAAUUACCUGGGUGCUGCUGGCGCGUUUUUAGUGGGACCUCUGGUAGUGCCAUCUCCUAAUGGAACGUCUCGCCUGGUAACGCAGAGCAACACAGAGCACAUCAAGGACCGCAUUGAGGCUGUGCUGUAUGCAGAAUUUGGAAUGGUUUCCCUGAUAUUUUCCGCAGCGUUGGCCUACUUCCCCUCGCGCCCUCCAUUCCCGCCCAGCGUGGCUGCAGCGAGUCAACGGCUCAGCUACAGGAGAAGUUUCUGCAGACUCUUAAGCAAUUUCCGAUUCUUGAUGAUUGCUUUAGCCUAUGCUAUACCACUGGGUGUUUUCUCCGGCUGGUCUGGUGUUCUGGAUUUGAUACUAACACCAGUUCAUGUAAGCCAGGUAGAUGCAGGCUGGAUUGGUUUUUGGUCUAUAGUUGGCGGUUGUGUUGUUGGCAUAGCAAUGGCAAG